AUGUACUUAACAGAAACCGUCGUCAAUCUGGUGGUGGUCGACCUGGAGGUGGUGGUGGAGGAGGAGGGCAUCCAGGAGGUGGUGGACCAGGACAAGGCCAUGGUGGAGGCCCAGGACAAGGAAAUGGUGGAUUUGGAGAACCAGGUGGAGGUCAUGGUGGUGGAUUUGGAGGACCAGGUGGAGGUCGUGGCGGUGACUUUGGAGGUCAUGGGGGUGACUUCGGGGGUCAUGAACAUGAACACGGCCAUGGUCAUGGUCAUGGACAUGAACACGGCCAUGGUCAUGGACAUGAACACGGCCAUGGUCAUGGACAUGAACACGGCCAUGGUCAUGGACAUGAACACGGCCAUGGUCAUGGUCCUGGUCAUUGAGGAAGACCUGGGUUUGGAGGUCCUGGCAGACCAGGGCCUGGAUUUGGAGGACCUGGCAGACCUGGGGUGGCACCCGGAAGACCUGGUUGCCUCCCUAUCACUGGACCUUUGGGUGGCUCUGUUUCAAUUGGAUUACCUGGGAUCAUUGAUGGCAUUGCCCCUGGUGGCCAUGGUCGCAACGAUCGUGACCGCAGAGGCUCCACAAAAUCUGGAAUUAGACCUGAGCCCUGCUGAGGAAGUUCCAGCUGUCGUCGAUGACCUAGUCGUCGACGAGCAACGGUACUACGGGGGACCUUAUUACGGACGACCCUAUUACGGAAGACCAUAUUACGGAGGCGGCGGAGUGUAUAGAGGAGCCGGCGUUGCCAUUCGAGGCCCGCACGGAGGCGGCAUCUACGUCGGCCGUGGCGGCGGCUACCGGCGGCCCUACUACGGCUGAGUGGCUGACCUCGCCUUCCUUCAAUAUGGAGACAUCCAGCUUUAUUACGAGAGUCUGCUGAGGAAAUCAUCCUGAGCAACGACGAUAUCGUCUCUUCUCUUUUAUGGAUGGGAUCUUAAUUUUGUGCUGUCCGAAGCUCUAUUUUUUUCUUUUUGUGUGCCGAUGAUGAAUGACUUUUUGACUCAUAUUCCAGAGCAGCUUUUUUCUCAGUUAUCUGAAAAUCUAUGGCAUGCAUUUGUCCUACGAGAAUCGGUGCUAUUCGUUUCAGUUUUUGAAUAAACCUACUCGAGAAAAAAAAUCAGAGUAAUGGACGGGUGAGAAAAAAUGUUUUUUUUUUUUUACUGUUUUCACUUGUUAUGUGCUGACGACCUGGCGUGGAAAAGUGUUUCUAACUUCCUCAAACCGUAUUCUAUCAUAUGAAGUACAAUAAACGAAUCAAAAC